AGCAGGAAGGAGGGCGGCGGAGGCUCCGCUCUCGGGGAGUUUGUGGGGGAACCGCGAGCGGCGUAGCGGAUCCCGGAGCCCGGCCCCCGCCGCCCGCCCGUCCGGCUGCCUGCCCCGCCCGUCCGGCCCCCGCCGUCCGCCCGCCCCGGCCAGGCGCGCCCGCCCCCCCCGACGGCCCCGCCCGGCCGCGGCCCCCGCUCCGCCCGCCCGGCCCCGGCCCCCAGGAGGAGGCGCUGACGCAGCAGCGUGGAGCCCGGGAAUUGAGCGCCCCCGGGGGGUUCCAGCCGCCGGAUUCCAGCCCGGCCAGGGCCUGCGGGCGCCCAGAGCCGCGCCGUCCGCGCCGCCGUCCCGAUUGGAGGUACUCCAUGACACACACGCGGAGGAAGUCUCUUCCCAUGCUGAGUUCGGGCCCCACGGGCCACCGGGAGCCCCUGCAGAUGGAAGGCAGCAGUGUGGAGCAGGGGGCAGAGGGUGUGGAGCCAGGUCCUCCUGAGAGCCCAGGGCACCUCAUGGGGCGCCGCAAGAACUACCCACUGCGGAAGCGCCCAUUAGUUCCUGAGAAGCCCAAGGCCUGCAAAGUGCUGCUGACCCGCCUGGAGAAUGUGGCCGGUCCACGGAGCGCGGAUGAGGCCGAUGAGCUGCCCCCCGACCUGCCCAAGCCCCCUAGCCCGGCUCCAUCCAGUGAGGACACCGGCCUCCCCCAGCCCCGCAAGCGGCGCCUGGCCUCCCUCAAUGCCGAGGCCCUCAAUAACCUGCUGCUGGAGCGGGAAGAGGCCAGUAGCCUGGUGGGCACCCGCCGCAGCCGAGGGGGAGACCCCCACCGCAGCCGGGACCGGGACCGGGCCACUGGAGGCUGGGCUUCCUCCAAGAAGCGUCCCCGGCUGGGGGACCUUGGAGGAGGAAGUCGGGAGCUGUCCCCAGAGCCGGCACCGGAUGAGGGGGCCCGCCGAGACGGUGAUCCAGCUCCCAAGAGACUGGCCAGCCUGAAUGCCGCUGCCUUCCUAAAGCUGAGCCAGGAGCGGGAGCUACCCUUGCGGCCACCUCGUGCCCACCCAGAAGCAGAUGGGCACUCCACUGAGCCAGCAGCACUGAAGGCCCCGAGGCCAAAGUGGGCCAAGGUCAAUGGCAAGAACUAUCCCAAGGCCCGGCAGGGGGCUGGCUCUGGGGAGGCUGCAGGCCCACUCGGCUGGCAAGGGCGCCCUGAGGAGCCAUGGUCCUCGGCCACCCCUCGUGGGCCAGCCAGCCAGCCACCUUACCAGCCCCUGAGCAAGGCUCUGGAGAGCCCCUUGGGGCUGCGCCCCCACCUGCCCCUGCUGAUGGGUGGGCAGGCCGCCCUAAAGCCGGAGCCCGGGCGCCCAGGCGAGGAGUCACCUGCCCCCAAGCAGGAACUGCACCAGCCCUCUUUCCCCGCACCCCAGCUCUCCCCGCUCCCAAUGCCUGGCAACCCCGCCGACUACAGUGGCCUGUGUGGUCGGCCUGAGCUCACUGCGCUAGGCAACUUCUACCUGUAUUGCAGCCGAGACGGGCUGCAGUGUGGGGGCUACUCUUCCUGCCCCAUGCUCCCCGAGGGCAAGCUGUCCUCAGUGGCCGCACCUAACGAGGGGCUUCUUUUGGCCCCGAGCUCCGUGCCUGCGGGCACCCCUUUCCAGCACCCUCCAUGGGGUUCUCGCUACUGCUCCAGUGAGGAAACUGGAGUGAAUGGCUACAGCAUCUGUGAAAUGUUGCCCCCGUCUCUUACCCACAUCGGCACUACCUGUGGCGGCUGCCCCUACAAAAUGCCUUUUGCAGCAGAAGGCUGCCGGUCCCUGGGCCAGCUGGAGUUUCCUCUCCCGGAAGCUGGCCACCCUGCCUCACCUGCUCACCCCCUCCUGGGAUGCCCUGUGCCCAGCGUGCCACCUGCAGCAGAGCCUGUCCCCCAUCUUCAGACACCCACGUCGGAGCCCCAGACCGUAGCCCGCGCGUGCCCUCAGAGCGCCAAGCCUCCUAGCGGCUCCAAGUCAGGUCUGCGCACGGGCUCCAGCUGUAGGCACACUGCGCGGAGCAAGGCUGCCCGCAGGCCCAGCCACCCCAAGCAGCCUCGUGUCCAGCGCCCACGUCCCCGCCGCCGUCGCCGCCGCCGUACGAAUGGCUGGGUGCCAGUUGGGGCUGCCUGUGAGAAGGCCGUCUACGUCUUGGAUGAACCGGAACCAGCCAUCCGAAAGAGCUACCAGGCGGUGGAGCGGCAUGGAGAGACGAUCCGAGUCCGGGACACUGUCCUGCUCAAGUCAGGCCCUCGAAAGACAUCCACACCUUAUGUGGCCAAGAUCUCUGCCCUCUGGGAGAACCCCGAAUCAGGAGAGCUGAUGAUGAGCCUCUUGUGGUAUUACAGACCAGAGCACUUACAGGGAGGCCGCAGUCCCAGCAUGCACGAGCCUUUGCAGAAUGAAGUCUUUGCAUCGAGACAUCAGGACCAGAACAGUGUGGCCUGCAUCGAAGAGAAGUGCUACGUUUUGACCUUUGCAGAGUACUGCAGAUUCUGUGCCAUGGCCAAGCGCCGAGGCGAGGGUCUCCCCAGCCGAAAGACAGCACUGGUGCCCCCCUCUGCGGACUACUCAACCCCGCCACACCGCACAGUGCCCGAGGACACGGACCCUGAGCUGGUGUUUCUUUGCCGCCAUGUCUAUGACUUCCGCCAUGGCCGCAUCCUCAAGAACCCCCAGUAGCCUCUUCACACCCACACUGGGGCUGCCCACGGGCACGUGGGGCUCAGGGUAGGGGGCACCGCUUGAAGCACAGCACUUGGCUAAGGGGCCACAGGAGCCUGAGGUGGCUGGCCUGUGGCUCUCUUUGGGGGGGAGGGCAGGGGCCCCUAUGUGUUUGGGCCCCGUGGGAGGGAAGGGGAGGCCAGGGUGUAAGAAAAGCAUCAGAGCCCUCAGCUUGGCCCAGGGUGCCUCUGUGGUCCCCUGGGCAGAGGCUCCUGAAGAAGCAGUCUUCCCUGAGGCUGGGCCAAGCCUGAGGGGCAUGGGCCCUGGGGGGAAUGGGGGAAGGUCCUUCAGGAACCAGGCCCAAAAGGUCCUUCUUUAUCCUCCCCUGGGCCCUUCAAGGGGCAGUGGGAGCCGGCUUUUACCUCACCCACCCACUGUGACCCGCUGCUUCCCCAUUAGCCUGGGACCAGGCUCUCCCAGAUUCUAGCACAGCUCCGAGCUCAUUCCUUUCAGGCCUAGAGAGCCAGAGGCUGGCUCUCAGAGCGUUGACUUUCGCUUCCUGGACUUGGGGCCUCUCUCUGGCAUUCCUCCUUAGCCCCUUGCAGUAGCCCCUGGUGCUGGGACAGGUUACCAGCCCUCACAGUCAUGGGUGUGGCCCCCUUGUGGGAGUCAGCCUCCUGUCCACCUCUUGGUGAAGGCCACCCAGCAGGUCUGGCUUCCCAGAAGUUAGCUGAUCAAUGCAGGGUCUGUCGUGUCUGGGAGAGCAGAAGGGAGCUGGGAGGGGUGGGGGCAGAGGGCAAGAAAAUUGCUGCCUGAUCUUUGGAAGACUCUUCCUCUUGCCUUACACUUGGAGGUUCUAGGAAACCUCUUGCAGAACUUCACACAGGACUCUUCAAGCCACACCCACCUGAAAUCAAACCAAAGGAGUGCUGUGGCUCCCCUAGCCCUGCCACCCCUUACCCUAGUCUUUUGUAGAUUGCACUAAUUUACAUCCCAGCCAGAAUCAACACUGUAUCAGUUCACAGACCUGCUGAGCUGCAGCGGCUCCCUCUGGGAGCUAAGGGCCUGCAUUUUCAGUUUGUUCGUGUUGCCCCGGGGCCCAGUUCGCACCUCAUGCUGCCCCCCAGAGUAGAUUAGGAGGCUCAGCCCCCUGCUGUCCUUGCCAGGACUGGGCCCUGGCUCUGAGGCACUCCAUGUGGGGGCUGGAGCAGCCUGGUUCUUUCCUAUUCGUACCAAAGAGGAGCCUGGUAGGGAGAGGGAGUGUGGCUUGGGCCUGGCGCUGGGCACAUGCUGGCGAGAGAUUCCACAGGGCACAACCCUGGGGACAGGAGCCAAGGGGGGCAGCACUGGGUCCCCCUCCCCUAGGGAGGGGCAGACACAGACCCUGCAGGCUGAGGAGGUGGCACUGGGUGUGGCCAGUUGGGCAGGAGCUGGAAAGGGAGGUGGAAGCAAAUCCUGAGGGCACUCCCAGCAAUCCCCCAGGGCCGCACUGUUCCUGAGCAGACGGCCGCUCCUGAUUGGUCAUGGGGCUGGGGUGAGGCCUGGACCAUUCAGAGGUGAAUUUACACAUGGGAAGCCCCACCCCAAACCUGAAGGGAAGGAACUUGGGUUCCCAUGUAUUGAAUAAGCUGUUUGGAGGAAGGCAUCAGUCCAGGAGAGCGGGGGCAGGAAGAGAGGUUGGCAGAGUGGCUGUGGGUCCCUGGGGGCUUUGGAGAGCCAGCCUUGGGGCCUGCUCUUUCCCAGGGUGCUGGACCCUUGCUGCCAAGGAGCCCAGCCUCACCCAGCAGGAGAUGAGGCCCCUCCUCCCAGGAGGCAGGGUCCACUGCCCAGAAUUUAAAUGCUUUUGAAAUCUCUUAGAUGUGGAAAUAUUUUUUCGAACCUGAAAAUGCAGCUGGUAGAAUUUCAAUGGAAGCAUAAUUCAUGUAAAAUAUAUUUUAGUUGAUAUUUUGUAAAAUGCACUUUUUGUGUGUGUCGACCCUGGUUUCUCAGAUCUGUAUUUCAGUGUUUACAAGGGAGGGAGGACCUUUCCUCACCUCCCUUUUGACAGAGAUUAGAAGUACUUCUUUAAGAAAAAAAAUAAAUUUGAGAAAUUGUAUUGAUUUAGAAAAGGACCGUU